AUUGCUGGCCUCUUUUCUCUUCCUUAUCUUCUCCAGUUCCCCUCUCUGUUCCUCUCUUGAAGCUUGCGCCCCUCUUCACGAGCACUUCUUCUCCCUCACAAACCCCCAAAAAUAUUUAUUUUUUUUUUCUCAAAAAUCCAAAUAUAGAAAUCAUAAAAAAAAUAUAUAAACAGUCUCCCAAAAAUCUGAAAAAAAAUUUCAUUCCAAAAAACCAAGCAUGAAAAUCAGACUUUUUUCUCCUUCAAACUCUUCCCCCAUUGAUGAAUAAAAGUCAUUCUUGUCAAUUUUCAGCACUUGUCAUUCAUUUAUAACCAGUAAGUCGAAUCUCAUAUUAAUCUGUUACAUACAAACAGGAUGAAGAGAGAUCGAGAUCGAGAAAAGGGCUCGAGUUCUAAAGGCAAGAAUUGGGCAUCUGUAGAAGAGGAAGAACAACCAGAUGCCGGAAUGGAUGAACUAUUAGCUGUGUUGGGUUAUAAAGUCAAGAGCUCUGAUAUGGCUGAAGUUGCUCAGAAGCUUGAGCAGCUUGAGAUGGCUAUGGGUACAUCUAUGGAAGAUGGAAUUAGUCAUCUUUCUACAGAUACAGUGCAUAAAAAUCCAUCUGACCUUUCGGGAUGGGUUCAGAGUAUGUUGUCUGGGCUGAACAGUACCUCGAUUUCAAGUAAUUUUGGCAUGAGUAGCAGUGAAAAUCAACUAAUCGUGUCUGGUGAUGGUGGUGGUGGAUCUUGUUCGAGUAUCAUUGAUUUUUCGAGAGGCAACGAGGAAAAGAAAACAACAACCGCAAUCUCUGAUGACGAUUUGAGAGCUAUUCCAGGUGGUGCUGUGUUCAGCAGCGGAAGAAAUCGAAAUGAAGUAGAUGAGGAGAGUAAUAAGCGGCAGAGAUCGAGCUUCUGCAGCAGCGGUGGCAGCAACAGCAGCAGUGGCGGUAACUCUUUGACAGAUUCAGCUAGGCCGGUUGUACUAGUCGAUUCACAAGAAACUGGGGUUCGACUGGUACAUACUUUAAUGGCGUGUGCUGAAGCUGUUCAACAAGAGAAUUUUAAUCUAGCUGAUGCACUUGUGAGACACAUAGGUAUACUUGCUGUUUCGCAAUCUGGUGCUAUGAGAAAAGUUGCAACUUAUUUCGCUGAAGCAUUAGCAAGAAGAAUCUACAAAAUCCAUCCACAAGAUUCAAUCGAAUCGUCUUACAACGAUGUUUUGCAGAUGCACUUUUACGAAACUUGCCCUUACCUGAAAUUCGCUCAUUUCACUGCGAAUCAAGCUAUUCUUGAAGCGUUUACGAAUUGCAACAAGGUUCAUGUAGUGGAUUUCAGUUUGAAACAAGGUAUGCAAUGGCCGGCUCUUAUGCAAGCAUUAGCUUUACGCCCUGGUGGACCACCAGCAUUUAGGCUUACAGGAAUUGGCCCUCCGCAGCCAGACAACACAGAUACCCUCCAACAAGUAGGAUGGAAACUGGCUCAAUUAGCAGACACCAUCGGAGUCGAAUUCGAGUUCCGUGGAUUCGUUGCCAAUUCACUAGCUGACCUGGAUGCUUCAAUGCUCGACAUUAGACCAAGUGAAACGGAAGCGGUGGCUGUGAACUCCGUCUUCGAGCUUCAUCGACUCCUCGCCAGACAAGGAGCAAUUGAAAAGGUUCUCGACUCAAUCAGGCAGAUGAACCCGAAGAUCGUUACCCUCGUUGAGCAAGAGGCUAACCACAAUGCUGGAGUGUUCAUUGACAGGUUCAACGAGGCUUUACACUACUACUCAACCAUGUUCGACUCGUUGGAAAGCUCGUCGUCCUCACACAAUGGAAUUACUCAAUCUCCGGUCACCAAUCAGGACCUCCUCAUGUCGGAAAUCUACCUAGGUCGACAGAUAUGCAACGUGGUGGCUUAUGAAGGUUCAGACAGAGUCGAACGUCACGAGUCACUGGGUCAAUGGAGAGCUAGAUUGAGUUCAGCCGGGUUCGAUCCGGUCCAUCUCGGUUCAAACGCUUUCAAACAGGCAUCAAUGCUCUUAGCUCUCUUUGCUGGAGGCGAUGGUUACAGGGUUGAUGAAAAUGAUGGAUGUUUAAUGUUAGGUUGGCAUACAAGGCCACUCAUAGCCACGUCAGCAUGGCAGAUCGCGGCGGAGGACGACGGCGCCGGAGAAGUAGAGCUUCACUGAGUCAACUCAGUUUCAACUCGGUGUGGGGUGGGGUGGGUGGGUCGUGGUGGAAGGGACAAUGAAAAGACUUGCCUAAAAAUGAGUCAAAUCAAUGUUUUUUACUAUUUUAACCUUUUUAUUUAUAAGUCAGCCACUUUAUUUACUUUUUAACCAUCUGCUAUAUAUUUUUGUUGUAGUUUUUCUUUUUUCUUUUUUCUUUUUUUGGGACUUAUUUUGUGGGUUGGUUUAGAUUUUCCUUUUCUUUUUUUUUCCCCUCACUAAUUGUGUAUGUCAAGGUGUAUCUAUACUUGGCCAAAAUAAACAAAAGGCUAGAGAGUGAUUUGGUGUUUGGGAAAAAAAAACUUUGAUUUCAUUUGGGGAGUUGUGAAAUAAAUAAUUAUUUUCUA